AUGUGUCCCGGUUGGACGGUACAACUACCCAAUAGUGUGGUCGGGUCAAAACGACAUGAAACACGGACAGUUGCACAGGUGGCUGCGCUCGAAGCGAUGCGGCGGAGCGUAGCGGUUCAAAUCGAGAUGAGUGUAGAAGCGUACGAUGAAACUCCCAAUUCGUCAGAGCACCAUAGUCUCUUGGAGACCAGUACGGCACUGGAGAAUCAGGAUAUGUCUGACAACGAUGACGAUAUGGUCAUGGUACUAGAAGAUGGUAACUUGCAACUAGAACAUAAGGAAAACUCUGAAAUUCAAAGUCCAAUGAGGAGCGUUAAUAGUGUUUUACGAGAAGCUGAAAACAUAAUGACGGAUGGACCGUUGCAAGCAUCAACAAAUAAGGAUAAGCAACAAGUUCUUGUUGACGAAGUCGACGUGGAAUAUAGCCCAAGAAAGUCGCUACAACCUAUUGAAAUUGUUGUUCGCCAUAACAAGGUUGUCGAGCAAUCCGCCAGUGACAGCGACGACGACGAAGAAAGGACUAGUAGAAGGGCUAGCCAAUCAAGAAGACUUUCUACUGUGCACGAAGGAAAAGAGAGUUUAACGCCGAUGCAAGAUGAGCCAUGUUCAUCCAAGUCGAGCAAAGUGGCCAGCAACAACUGGAAACGUGGACAUCGUCGUGCUUGGAGUAUGCCGAAUGCGAAAGGCGAGAAAAUGACACUAGCUGUCAUUCAUGAUAAGGAGACAAUGGCCGAUGGAAAUACGCAUAGGCGUCGUAUAGUACGAUAUCGUCUUCAUCCAGCGAAACGAGGGCGAUUGGCUGCUGGUGCCGAUGCUGUUGAGCAAAAUGGUGGUUUCCCGGCCACAGGGCUUCGAUUUGACUUGCCCGGAAUGCCACAUCCAGACGAGGAUGAUAAUGAGCUUGAGGUAGAAAUCAAUGAGGAGGAGGUGGUUGUGCCAGCCGAUUCUGGAAGAGGGGCUAGAACAAUUGUGAAAAGAUUCUGGGAAGCUCGGUGGAAAGCUACGAACUUUGAAUACCUUCCAGAGUGGCUGCAGGAUAACGAGUAUCUGAGAACAGGUCAUCGUCCUCCACUUCCGUCCUUCAGUAGCUGUUUCAAGAGUAUUUUCGCUCUUCAUACCGAAACUGGUAACAUUUGGACACACAUGUAUGGAUGUGUUGCGUUCAUUGGUGUUGCACUUUGGUUUCUAACGCGACCGAGCACACAAGUUCAGUUUAUGGAAAAGAUAAUAUUUUCAACGUAUUUUCUCGGUGCAAUACUUUGCCUCGGAAUGUCUUUCUUGUUCCACACUGUUGCAUGUCAUUCCGACUCUGUGGGAAAGUUUUUCAACAAGCUGGAUUACACCGGGAUUACUUUGCUGAUUGUUGGCUCAUUUAUUCCUUGGCUCUACUAUGGAUUCUAUUGUCGACCCCAGCCAAUGAUUAUCUACAUCACAAUGAUUAGUGUACUAGGUUUACUAGCCAUGGUUGUGUCAUUGUGGGACAAGUUUGCGCAGCCCAAAUACAGAGCUUUUCGUGCUGGUGUCUUCGUUGCUAUGGGACUGUCAGCAAUUUUUCCAGCUGCGCAUAUGUUAAUUGUCGAUGGCCUCGAAUUUAUGUAUAAGAAGGCAUCGCUAGUUUGGAUGUUAUCUAUGGGCGCUAUGUAUAUCGGUGGAGCAGCUAUAUAUGCGACCAGAAUUCCAGAACGAUGGUUUCCUGGAAGAUGCGAUUUAUGGUUCCAAUCACACCAGUUGUUUCACACAUUUGUUGUAAUUGCUGCUUUUAUUCACUUCCACUCUAUCACUGAGAUGGCACAGAAGAAGUUGAUGGAGGGCUCUUGCGCUGAGCAGUUGCUGGAAAGGUAUGGAGUUGAGUCUCUCCCAUCAUUUCUUGGUACAUUACUGGGAUUAGACGAAGAUCCGAAUACGAAGUCUUGGAAUAGCGAUAUGCGUCCAUAG